AUGUGUGCGUGUGUUGUAGGGAGCGGCGUGCGAACACCCAGCGGCCGCCAGGAAGGGGGUGGGCAGCCCCGCCUGCACCGGGCGCGGGCGGAGUUCCCGGGACGCACGUCCCUAGCGCGGCGUGCCCAUCCCGGUCCCGGGGCCCUGGAGCGGAGCGGGAUGGGGAAUCCCCGCCCCGGUGCGGCGGCCGCGGACCCAGCUCGGGCUUUACCUCCGACAGCGCCCGGCGGCCCCGCGCGCCUGCGCGCCAGCGCCCCCAGCGGCGGCUGCGGGAAGGGCCGGGGGUGGCUGCGGCCGCCCCGUUCCGUUCCCGUUCCCGUUCCCGUUCCCGUUCCCGUCCCCGCCCGCCGGCGCCGAGCUCCCGGCCCGCGAUACCGCCGGUGCCGUGCCCGGCCCGGCCGGGCUCCCGCCGCCCUCCCGUGCCUCCCCGCGCCCGCCGUGGCGCAGCUCCGUCCCGCCCGCGGGUCGGUGACAGGUGGCGGUGCGGCAGCGGGGAGCGCCCUCGGCUCCUCCGGGCUCUGGACGCUGCCCGCCCGCCGCGGUGAGUUGCGUGCGGCGGGGCCCGGCGGGAGCAGUGUCUGCGUCCCCCUCGGCGGGGCUGGAGUGCCGGGAAGGGCGCUCUCCCGCCUGGCGCCGCUCUUGGCGGGCGUGACGUUAAUGUUUCCCGAGGGAAGCUCGCGGAGAACAAUUGUUUCUUUCCAUGCUGUAGUUUUGCUCGCGAGUUGA